AUUAAAAAGUAGCGUCAAGCGUCAUUUUGUUGGCGUCGCUUUAUUAAGUUUUUUAACGAAGUUUUCAAGUGUGUUUCAAUAAUUUGGUUAUCUCUUUAUUUAUCGUUAUAGAACUUUUUUCCACGUGAAAUAUACAUCGGUCAAAACUUUAACUUAUUUUGUAAGAAAUAAAUUGAAAGCUAAUUUUGACUUUUCGCGCCUCUCUUCAAACAAGUUUUCAAAAUCUAACCUUCCUUGGAUUUGUUUUGUUGAUAUUUCACAGAUUAUUUUUUUAAAUAUUGAAAUUGUUUGGAAUGGUGGGCAAAACGAAAACUGCCAACAAAAAUUCUGAUCGAGAUGAUGUUGAGAACGUAGAAAAAAAGGCGGCUUCUACGCGGCAGAAAAGCCCUGGGAGACCUAAAAGUCCAGGACGAUCUAAAAGCCCCACUCGACAGAAAAAUGUGGGGAGACCUAAAAGCCCAACCACCCCCACCAAGUCUAAAAGUCCAGGCAGAUCAAAAAGUCCAGGAAGACCAAAAAGUCCAGGGAGGCCAAAAAGUCCAGGGAGACCAAAAAGUCCAGGGAGGCCAAAAAGUCCUGGUAGACUGAAAAGUGACACAAGCCCUGUUAGAAUGAAGUCUGAAACUCCUAUAGUGAGACCUCCUACUCCAACCCGAAUGAGCAACAGAGUUCGUAGUCCAACCAGACAAAGGAAUGCUUCGCCUACUUUUACGUCUACACCUGUCCGUACUCCUUCAAGACGAAGUCCAAUUCGUCGUUCUCCAGCAAGAAGCAUGAAAGAAUUGUCAGUUGACAAAGAAAAAGAAGCACCUUCAAAGAAACAAACAGUUCUGAAUACUGACACUGAUUCUGAUAACCCAGAAAGUAUCCUCGAGGUGAAAGAGAAACCCAAAGCCACAGUUAGGGGCCGAACUAGACAAACUAAUGAAAUAACAGACCCAGAACUAGAGCUUGACAUGAAGCCAUCGAUUGUAUCUGAUGAAGUAAAUACCUUUGGGUUGGUACGUAGAUUCACCCGUUCUUCCCAAUCCCGGGAGGUUGAACGGGUAGUACAUUUGAAACAUUUUGACUCCGUAACUGUUACCAAACGAUUGGGCGAAUUUUCCGAUGAGGAUGAACUACAUGAAAAACAUUUGAAGACCGACCUUCAAGAACAUUCUUCAAGUAGAAAAACUGCCGAGUUCGGAGGGCUAUAUGGAUCUCUGUUUCUUAUUCUAGCAAUACCACUCACCAUUUUGAGUUUAUACAUUUUUCGUUGCGAAUCACAAUGUUCUUUUGAAAGCUUGCCAGUGUUAGACGAGCUCAAGUCUCUUGAUAUGUAUUUUGAUUCAAAGUCUUUCCUUGGCUUUACAGCAUAUGUCGUAAUUUUAGCCAUUCUUUCUGCUUUACCUACAGGUGGCAAAAAAGUUAGUAGUCUUCCAAAUAAACAUGGAAAAGUCAACUAUGUUUUGAACGGAUUCCUUGGUUUUGUAGUAUUCUUAUUGAUCGCUGUUGGCUUGGAGCUGAAGAAUAUUCAUGUUGCUGAUUAUGUUGUUGAUCACAUUUUUCACUUGUUAGUCGCAUCAAUAUUAUUUGGAUUUGCUGUCUCUAUAGCGGUUUACAUAAGAAGUUUUUAUGUACCUGUUAGUGCACUGAAUGUCCAUGCAGUUGGCAAAAACAGAAUAUAUGGAUUCUUCAUGGGACAAGAAGUGACUCCCAGAUGGUUGAACCUACUGGAUUUAAAGAUUCUGUUUUUCAGAGGAGUUGUUAUAGGCACGAUUUUGCUUGACUUUGCUUUUCUGUAUAAAUCCCUGGACUAUCACUGGACCCUUGAAAAUACUAAAGACGAAGUUGCACCUCUUGAUCCAAAACUACUGAACCUUCAACCAACUUUGCUGGUGUUCAUUGUGUUGAGGACAAUUUAUCACUUGGAUUCGCUGAUUUUCGAAUCUUCUUGGAUAACUUCCUUCACCCUUCAACAAGAGGGAUUUGGAUAUAUGCUUGUCAUGUCCUCUUGUGUUGCUCCAUUUUUGAAUUCUGUUCCUCUGAAGUAUGUUUUCGACAAUGGAGUGGAGUUAUCUGGGUUGCAGUUGGCCUUGUCCUCGAUGGUUUUUGCAUUUGGAUACAUUUUAUACAGAGCGAGCAAUAAUCAGAAGGACGCAUUCAGGAAGAACCCUUACAGUCCUGGAUUGGCAUGUGAGUAAUUUAUUAUAAAAAAU